AUGGCCGAUAAUGUCAUAAGGAAAGCCUGCGAUCGCUGUCACUCCCAGAAGUUGAGCUGCAAGCGCGUCGGCGACGAAGCCUGCGAACGCUGUGUCAGACUGCACGCCGAGUGCAAGUCCAGUCCAUCUCUGCGGUAUAAGAAGCAGCAUCAGCACCAGCACCCGCAACAACAUCAGCAGCAGCAGCAGCAGCAACACCAGCACCAAGCCCAACAGAAACAACACACGCAGCAUCACAAUCAGCACCAGCAUCAGCCGCAACAACACCAGCAACAGACACAGCAACAGCACCUGCAGAGCCAACAACAUCCGUCAACUUCUGUGGUAGGCGGACAGGCAACGUUGGUGGGCCGGCGAUCGCCAAAGCGGCGAAGAACGGGAAGUGACCUGGACCUACUCCAGCCUGAAGGAGCGCAAAUACACCCGCCGUCAGGGGACAUCACAACCAGCUGUCAGUCUGUCGUUGGAUCCGAGGCUGGACUCGAGCUUGGAGACUUCAACUUCAACUUUGAGCAGCUGGCCUUUUUGACGCCGCCGCAGACGGACCCCCUAGCCGUGCUUCCGGGCCCCGUGGACGCAUUCCAGAACCCCUCCCCUUUUGCAGAACCGUGGGAGCAGCAGCUUGCCUCGUCUGCCGACCCUUUUCAGCAAAUCGCACCGUCAGCCUUUACCCCUGCCAGCGGAGCGCAGUUUCACCGCAUCGUUCCCACGUUUGCGCCGAGGAGACGGCCCUGCGCCAGCGAGCACGGAACGUCCGACCGGCGGCAGCGGCAGCGGCCAAGACACAGGGCGAGGCAGAUCGCUCUGAGGCACGUCGCGCACGCGUCGAACCAGGGACGAGAGACGUCGAGAACGCAUUGGAUGGCGCAACUAACCGACAUCAACUCCCGCCUGUUGGACCUCGCGUCCAUCCUGCCCAAGCAGCAGGGGCCGCUGGCCAACGGACGAGCGGGCGACGACAGCAGCGGGUUCCCCAUCGACGAGAUGUUCAAGCUCACGCGCGGCGUCGCCGACAUACUCGACCGGUUCCCGGCGACUAGCUCCGGCAAGGAGCACAACACGCUGGAGGGCGCGGACCCCGGCAGCGCCAUGUUUGUCCUCUCCACGUACGUGCGCCUGCUCGACAUGUACCAGCGUGUCUUCACCAUGGUGAAGAACGAGCUCGCGCAGGCGGACCAGGGCGCCGCGUUCAAGCACUGGAAGCUUCCCGACGUGACGGUCGGCUCCUUUGCCGUCGAGUCGUCCCCGUCGCUGCAAAUGUCGCUCACCAUCCAGCUCGCCGAGGAGUUCCUGGUGCGCCUCCGUAACGCGACGGCCGCACUGGACCCGGCUUUGAGGGGCGCCGAGGAGCAGCUCGCCGGCGGAGGUAGCGGCUCUGGCGGCGACGCCAACUCCAUGUUCUCCGAGGUCGUCGACGUCUCGUACUGCGCCGUGAGAGCCAAGGAGGAGAAGCUGGGGCGGCAUCUGGCGCAGCUGCGCGACGAGAUUGAGGCCUUUUUGGACGGAUAA